CCGUGCUUUGGACCACUCCAAGGGGUCGCCUCGCAGCCCAAAGAAGAAGGAGGAGGAGCAGGAGCAGGAGCACUGUCAUGGCGGCCAAGGUGGCGUUAGUGGCCGUCCCGACGGUGCUGGGUAUAGCCUCCAUCCGGGUGUAUACUGUAAGUGAAGCCCACAGGGAUGGGCUCAUAAACAGAGAAAAGUUGAACAUCUACACCCCCCUGCCACAGUCUGCCCCGGCUCAGUUUGUUCCAGAGAGGCCGGGUUUAAUUCAGAGAGGAUUGACUACAGCGAGAGAGAGCAUACGGCCAUUUGUCCAGACUGUUCAGGGGGCGUGUGUAUCUGUGAAAACAGGAAGUGUUAAUCUAUACCAUACAGGAGAAGAUGUGUUUUAUUACUUAAAAGACCCUCCCCCGGGAUUCCUUCCAAGAUUUGGCACCAUCACCAUGGCUGGUCUGCUCGGCAUGUUCUUGGCACGGAAAGGCUCUCGUUUUAAGAGGGUAGCUGUUCCGAUGGGCCUGAUGACUGCAGGAGUUUCAGUGUGCUACCCGGCUCAUGCUGUGGCUGUGCUGAAGGUGACAGGUAAGAAGGUGUACGCUGCAGGGCAGUGGAGCAGCGCUGCUGUGUCUUCACUGCUCACCUCGAAGCCUCAGGAGCCUGUUGUCAUAGAAGAUGCUGCCUCUCAACCACAGGCAGCUCCAGUGCCAAAUCCAGAGUCUGCUGUAGUCCAUGAGGCUUCAGAGGCCAGCUCAGUCCAGAGCCCUUCAAUUCCUGAGAUAGAGGUGGAAUCAGCUGAGUCUGUUCCUGUCUCAGAAGAGCUCAUUGUCGCUGUUGUAAAAGACGAGGUGUCAUCAGUCACACUCACGGAGAUAUCACCGGACCAGAUCCCUUCAGAGGCCACUACAGAUCCAGUGGCACAUUCAGCGCCAGCAGAGACAGAUACCACCAAAGCCUCAGAGGAAUUACCUACACCUGUUGAAAGUGAACCCUCUGGCACAAAGGAAGCAACUGAGGAUGUAUCCCCCGAUAUCAGUCUAGCCGAGCCAACACCAAGCGUAGAAUCUGUAGAGGCUUCUCCAGCGGAGUGUCUGCCAAUAGAAUCUGCACCGGUUGAGUCUGGACCAGUAGAGUCUGCUCCAGAAGAGUCUGCUCCUGUAGUGCCUGCUCCAGUAGAACCAGCUCCAGUAGAACCAGCUGCAGUAGAACCAGCUGCAGUAGAACCAGCUGCGGUAGAGUCUGCUCCAGAAGAGUCUGCUCUUGUAGUGCCUGCUCCAGUAGAACCAGCUGCAGUAGAGUCUGCUCCAGUAGAACCAGCUGCAGUAGAGUCUGCUCCAGUAGAACCAGCUGCAGUAGAGUCUGCUCCAGUAGAACCAGCUGCAGUAGAGUCUGCUCCAGUAGAACCAGCUGCAGUAGAGUCUGCUCCAGUAGAACCAGCUGCGGUAGAGUCUGCUCCAGUAGAACCAGCUGCGGUAGAGUCUGCUCCAGUCGAGGAGUCAAUAGUGCCAGUUGUUGAAUCAUCUGACCCCAGACCUGCUGCCGUAGAAGAGACACCAACACUUACACCACCCGCGCCUCUGCAGCCUGCAGCAGAAAACAACAAAGGGGGCUCUGUUUUCAAGCCUGACCCUUCUCUGAUGGACUUCGGCCAGUCCAGCCCAGACGAUGAAGACCUGUACAGCACACGCAGCUGAGUGACCACAGCCGACCUCAGUGAGCGAGUCUCAUUCCCACACUGCCAUGUUGUCAAUCAUGCAGAUAAAAAACAUUUUGUAUCAUAGUGCAGUAUAAAAAAGGCCAUUUUGGAAGAGAGCCGGCUCAGGAAGUCUUUCAUGAACAUUUCCGUUCUCAUUUCUUCUGCCCACAUUAUUCUACUUUCCACUGAAAGCUCCAAAUGCAUUCGCCUCAUACCGGCAAUGAAAUUAAUUCAAUUACACAGAACUCAGUCGGGUUGCGUAGAAGGAGAGAAACUUGGAAAAUAAACUACUCCCACUACAAGCCUUUCACAGAUGGCAGAUUGUGAAACUCUUUCUGUGUUUGUCUCAUUUACUGGAUUUUGUGCGACAGCCUUUACAAUCAUGGAUGCAUGGUGCUUUUAUUUAUUCUUCUUAGCCCACUGCAUAGUUAAGUUCAUCACGUUUGCUGGGGAUGAUUACAGGGCACUGCUCCAUUGUGUUUCAUCAAACAUGUUCCUCAGUUGUUCAAAACCAAAAAUAAAUUUAUAUUUUCAUGA